UCCUCAAAGACAUUCAACUCGUAUCCACGUUUGAUCUUUCGGGUUAUCAUUGGAGUCGUUGUUUUAACCCCACCCUGGAUGCAGACAAUCUACUGUUCUGGGAGGAAUUCGUCCUCAUCAUUCAAUCUGUCCUUCAGCACUACAAUCGUCCCUGUUAAUUUUGAUCGCCAGUUCAAAGCCAGCAUCAACUGGGUUUGGUAUGCUUGUUGCAGUUCCUCUUUCAUUUCUCUUUCGAGCGGGAUGAGCCCAAUUCAUCUCUUACCAGGCCCGGCUUGGCCCAUUUUGCUCUACCGUUCUCAAAUUUCUCAGGUAUACCCCUCUCUCCCUCUCCCUCUCCCUCUCUCCCUCUCUAUCUCUGGGUAUUGCAGUGAUCUUCGUUUGCGGAGGAUCUUCUAGUUCACGGUCUUUCCGGCGAGAAGAUGUCAUCCAUCGGGACUGCGAAGGGUAUCUUGGAGAUUGCCAAGUUCGGCGUCUACGUGACGAUCCCCAUCGUUCUCAUGUACGCCUUCGCCAACAACUCCAAGAAUCUCCAGAAAUUCAUGGGCAAUAAAUCUUACGUGGUGUAUCCACCGGAGGGACCCAGGCCGCCUUCACCAGAAGAGCUGAGGGAGAUGGCGAGAGAGAUUGCUCGCAAGAGAAACGGCCAAUGAAACAGCUUCCCUCCGACGCGGGUCCGAGCUACUCGCCUUACUUGUCUGUAUUAUGCGAGACGCAUGCACAAAUUAAGCUUGUACGAGUUCUAAUUGCUCAGUGAAGUCACUCUCUCGUUUCCCUUUCCAA